AUGGAAGAAGAUUUCUUUGAAACAACCGCAAUGGCCUCUACGCUGAACGUCAGCUGGCAGUGUGACGUAAACAAGAACUUUACCUUUCUGUACCUGUCGUCGGUCUACAUGGUAGUGUUCGUUGUCGGCUUGCUGGGGAAUGCGUGUGGCCUGUGGAAUCUGUGUGUGAACCGGAAGAAGUGGACGUCCCUCAAUGUCUUUGUGUUGAAUUUGGGGAUUGCCGACCUCCUGUAUGUGGUGACGUUGCCUUUCUUUGUGUCCUAUUACCUGAACGGAGGCGUCUGGAGGUUCGGUUACGGUUUCUGCCGGCUGGCCCGCCUCUCUUUUCACAUCAACAUGUCCGCCAGCAUCAGCUUCCUCACCUGCGUCAGCAUCCAGCGCUACCUGGGAAUCGUCCAUCCCAUGCAGAUGAUGGGGCGCCUCCGCAAGUUGCGUCUUUCCUUCUAUGUCAGCGUCCUGGUCUGGGUUCUGGUCAUCGUUCAGAUCUCGCCCAAUCUUUACUUUACAAACUCCGCCCACAAUUCCACCUAUUGCUACGACUCCGCCAUUAAUGACGACGUGGAAUUGUACGCCCCGUACACCAUGACCAUCACCGCCACCGGAUUCCUAAUCCCGUUCAUUCUCAUUGUAGCAUGUUACUCGCGUGUGCUCGCCGUCCUCGCCAAGAACACCAACGUGGAUACAGACCUGAAGAGCCGGAGCGUGAAGCUGGUCCUCAUCAUCCUGGUCUUGUUUGCCGUCUGCUUCUUCCCGUAUUACAUCUUCCGGAACAUCAAUCUGCUCUCCCGGUUGUGGCAGCUGAGGGGACGCUGCACCCAGACCUUGAGGAACCUCUACAUCUCCUACCAGGUCACCAGGGGCCUGGCCAGCAUGAAUAGCGCCAUUAACCCCUUGCUGUAUCUGGUGACCAAUGAAAACUUUGUAUCCAAGUUCCGCCAGAUGCAGAAACAAGCGUGGCGCACAUUGGUGUAUCUGGGCCGCCGACGCACCACGUCUGAUAUCCAAAUGCUAAACCGGGAAACUAACAAAGAACAGGAGGACAUGUGUGAGGAAGUCGUAUGGGACAUUCCCUCUGUGUAG